AUAAAGAGACUUUUUAUAAACUAUUGUCCAAUUUGAAGAAGAAGAAGAAGAAGAAUGAAUUGCUUUAAUUCUCAUUUCAUGUAUGAUGACAACCUGUAGCUACCUCUGGUCAGUCUUCACUUCAGUCCAAGUUGUCCUGACUUUGUAGCUUUUAGUACAGAGAGCACACAACUUAACAGUGUGACAUCCAGUGGAAGUAAACAACACAAGCUGCACGAAUGAGCUGGAUGAAGAUGUUGUAGUCAUAGUGCAGCUAAUAACUUGUAGCUUAGAGCCAAGAUCACAAAGGACACAUUCAUGGCAAAGCAAGAUCGGCUUGAAGUGCAAGACACAUUAAAACAACUCGAGGUAAAAAAGAGCAGCUUCAAGUGCAACAGCUGCGGUACAAUGUAUUAUCCCUUGACUGCAUGAAGUGCUCACAAGAGAACCCACAAUGAUGAAAAGCCUUUCAAAUGCAACACUUGCGAUACAGCGUUCAAGCAUAAGAUCAGUUUGAAAAGAAACCUGGAAACUCACUCAGGUAAAAGGCCGUACGCAGUCAGAGCACUUUAAAUGGAUUAAAUAACUAAAUUACAAAAAGUAUUACAACGUUUUUCUUACUUAUUCAUUCAUACAGGUACCUAGCCAUGCAGAUGGUUUUGUUUUCAAAGGUUUUAAAGGUCCAGUGUGUAACAUUUAGGAGGAUCUAUUGGCAUAAAUGGAAAAUAAUUUUCAGUUAUGUUUUGUUUUAUGUUUUAAACAUACAGCCACAAUAACAACAAUGUUUCUGUCAUUUUACAGUGUUAACGCACUACAUUAAUACAGGACAUAGUUGAUAUCUUUUAUAGACUGUAAAUAACCAGCUAGGUCCAGAAGAUGGCAGCAGAAUGACGUGUAAGCGUCCGACGGAAGGUUGGAGUAACAUUAAAUUGGGUCCGACGGAAAUUCAACACAAACGUAAAGGGGGAACGGAGAUCGGUGUGUCGCUAGUAUUUGACCGCGCUGUGUGUUUGUUUGUUUUCUCUGUUACACAGUGACAAUGUCUUCAGUUCAUUGUUUGAGGGAGUUCGUCAACGAGCGACUGACUGCUGCUGCUGAAGAAAUAUUCAGAGUCUUUGAAAAAACUUUAUCAGUGUAUGAGGAGGAGAUUGUUCGUCAGCGCAGACUGUUGGAUGUAGUCCGGAAGCCCGAGAUAAAACUACACAGGACCGUUCUCCCACAGCCAUUCAGCUGUAAGGAUGUGCCUCUUGUUGACCUGCAGCAGUGUGACCUGGGGAGGAACUCCAGCUUGGACCAAGAGGACCCAGAGCCACCACUGAUUAAAGAGGAACUGGAGGAUCUCUGCACCAGACAGGAUGGAGAGCAGCUUGCACUGGAACAGGAGACUGAAGCCUUUAAGUUAAAACCUACAUAUGACGCCAGUAAACACAGUGAGGAUGAGACUUCAUUUUUGGAUCCUGAUCAAACUUGGAGUGCAGCAGGGAGGGAACCUCUGCCCAGCAUUUCAGAUGAAUGGAUGCAGUCUGAAUCUGACAAAAAACUCAUAACACCAAAGAGUGACUGCAACCAGCAUGUUGGAACAGGCGAGAAACAGUACAUGUGCACUGUUUGUGGAAAGAGUUUCACAAUUAGGACGGACUUGACAUUGCACAUGAAGAUUCACACAGGCGAGAAGCCGUACCGCUGCAAAUACUGCAAGAAGGAGUUCGCGUUCAGCUCAUCUGUGGCACGGCAUCUCCGAGUGCACACAGGGGAGAAGCCCUAUGAAUGUCAAUUUUGUGGGAAAAGAUUUAAUGUCAGCACGACGUUGAAAGUCCAUUACAGAAUCCACACCGGUGAAAAACCAUAUAAAUGCAAGACUUGUGAAAGAGCGUUCACCACCUGCUCAAACCUGAAGAAGCAUAUGGCUCUGCAUGCGAAAGUUGGAAGUAGUAUACAUGUUAGAGGUAAUGACUGUAUGAAAAAUGCCACUAAAAAGCCACAAUGAAAUGGCGUAGGCUGUUAUUUCCUUUGAUUUUUUGAAUCCUGAAUGAUAUCAUGUGCUUGAAUAAAAUUCACAUGUUAUAAAUA